AUGGAAUUCGACGAAGAUACUUCAUUCAAGCCAGACCCAACCUUUACAAACUCUAGACCAAAGUGGGUCGACGAUGACAAAGUUAACAACUGUACUAAAUGCAAAGUUAAUUUCACAUUAUUAAAUAGAAGACAUCAUUGCAGGAGAUGUGGAUUGGUAUUUUGUCAAAAGUGCUCUGCUAACAGUUGUAAGAUUCCCCAGUUGAACUAUAAUUUCGUUCCAGUUCGUGUCUGUGAUGGAUGCUUCCGUAUGGUUUCAAUAGAAUCAUCAUCAUCAUUAGAUUUAAAACAAAUAUUUAGCCCAGGUUUAAACCAACUUUAA